UCGGAUCCUGGAGCUCUCGGACUCAAUCUCCUGGUCAAUCCACCAGAUGCCGAGGUAGACAUCGUUGCUGUCCAUGGCCUUGAUGGCCACUGGAGAAGGUCCUGGACCGCUGACAACGGAACUUUCUGGCUUCAAGAUCUCCUUCCCAACAAACUACCAAAGGCACGCAUUUACUCUUACAGCCAUAACUCUAAUACAAGAGGAGGCGAAGUUCCCUUGACUGACGUAUCAGUCCACGGACGUGAACUGGUGAGGGUUCUGACUGCAGAGCGAAUUCAAACAAAUCGACCCAUAAUCUUCAUUGUCCAUAGUCUCGGCGGUAUAAUCCUUAAGAAUGUGAGCAAACAACACUAUGGAAUAAAAGUCGAGUGA